AUGAGUCAGCUGAAGGAGGCGGAGCCAAUCAGAGACAUGGAGGGCAAGGUGCAGUCCUGGGCCCAGGCUCUGGUCUUGUCUCUGGAGGAGCUGGAGUGUAAGAUCUGUUAUAAUCGGUUCGACACGCGGAGCCGGAAGCCGAAGCUGCUGCGCUGCCUCCACCGGGUCUGUGCCCGCUGCCUCAAGAAGAUGGUGGACAUGGGUGAGUCGUCUCCGUCCAUCAUCAGCUGUCCCUUCUGCCGCCACGAGACCCGAGUUCCUGAUGAGGAGGUGUGGUUGAUGGAGGAUGACAGACACAUCCUGGCGGUGCUGUCGUGUCAGGACCGAGCGCGGCGAGGAGGAGGAGGAGAGGAGGAGGAGGAGGAGGGGGGGGGGGGAGGGGGGGGGGAGGUGGUGCUGAGCCCCAGCAGUCUGACAGCGUGUUCUCUGAGCGUCCCGUGUGCUGCAGGCGUGUCCUCAGACUGUCUCGUGGUCACCAUCAUGGAGCUGCCGGAGUCUCGCUCCUCGGACUCACUGAGCAUGCUCAACGUGGUGGGGGUGUACCGCGCCCCCAGCCUCGACUCGCUGCCCUGUCACCUGCCGGCUCACAAGUGUCGCACCUGGACGACCCGCAGCUUCCCCCGCUGCCUGCUGGGGGCGCUGUGCCUGGUGUACUUCAGCUCUCUUCCUCUGGGGAUCUACCUGCUGAUGAUCGGUCAGCUGUGGCUCGGUGUGGUUCUGGUGAGUCUGGUUCCGUCCACUCUGCUGCUGCUGGUUCUGUACGGGUUCUGUCAGUGUUUGUGCCACGAGCUGCAGGAGACGCUGGCCGCCCGCCGCCACCCGCUGCCAUGA